CGUCGGACGUCCUCCCCGCGGGUGUGUCGUCACUCGUGCUGUCAGAAACACCCGCCGGAGAGGAUGGCUAGUUAAAUACAUCACUUUCAACAAUAUUAUUUCACAACCAGGCUUUUCUCUUCGCGACGCCAAGCAGAUAUUCCUCUGACCUUGUUUUCAGCAUCACGUGUAACACACUCGAAAGGAUCCAUGUCUUUUCUUCGUUGGGUAUCUGAGAAAUUGAGUGUGGAGAGCCUGCGGGAUUUGGAGUUAUUUGGAGAGCAAGCUCAGGGAUUCUCUCACAGGAAAGCCCAUGAGGACAGUCAGGAGAGUCUGACCUCCCUCCCCCGGCCGGACACCAUGGGCAGCUUUCUCCCCGACAGCGGCUCAUACGAGCUCCUCACGGUCAUCGGCCGCGGCUUAGACGACCUGAUGACUGUGAACCUGGCUCGAUACAGACCCACAGGGGAGCACGUCGCCAUCCGGCGGAUCGACCUGGAGUCCUGCACCAACGACAUGGUCACCUACCUGCAGGGUGAACUGCACGUGUCAAAGUUGUUUCACCACUCCAGCAUCCUCCCAUACAAGAGUGUCUUUAUAGCUGAGAACGAGCUGUGGGUCAUCACGCCCUUCAUGGCUUACGGGUCGGCCAGAGAUCUCAUCUGCACACAUUUCUCGGACGGUAUGGGCGAGCUGACCAUCGCCUACAUCUUACUGGGCAUGCUCAGAGCUCUGGAGUACAUCCACCACAUGGGAUACGUGCACCGGAGCGUGAAGGCCAGCCAUGUCCUGAUCUCCGCUGACGGCCAGGUCUGCAUGUCGGGCCUGCGCAGCAUCUUCAGUCUGAUCCGCCACGGCCAGAGAGCCAAGGUGGUCCACGACUUCCCCCAGUACAGCGAGAAGGUGCUGCCCUGGCUCAGCCCCGAGGUGCUGCAGCAGAAUCUCCACGGUUACGACUCCCGAUCGGACAUCUACAGCCUGGGGAUCACCGCCUGCGAGCUGGCCAACGGGCACGUGCCCUUCAAGGACAUGCCGGCCACACAGAUGCUGCUGGAAAAGCUGAACGGGACGGUGCCGUGUCUGCUGGACACCACCACCAUCCCCCCGGAGGAGCUGUCCAUGAAGCCCUCCCGCUCCGGGGCCGAUUCGGGCAUCUGCGAGGGUCCCGCGGCGGGAGGGGUGCGACACUCCAACGGCGAGCCCUCGUCCUCGUCCGGAGGCCACCCGUACAACCGCACCUUCUCGCAACAGUUCCACGGCUUCGUGGAGCUGUGUUUACAGCGAGACCCAGAAAAGAGACCUUCUGCCACCACGCUCAUCGGACACCCCUUCUUCAAACAGAUCAAGCGGCGGCCCUCGGAGGCGCUGCCCGAGCUGCUGCGGCCCGUCUCGCCCAUCACCAGCCUGGAGGGCUCGCGGCCGCAGGACUCGCCGUCGGGCCUGGCCAGCCUGGAGUCGGGCCUCAGCCACCUGGAGGUGGACGACUGGGACUUCUGACACGGACUGCAGCGGGAAACUCUCCCAGCGAGCCGCGGCCCUCCUGUAAAUAAGACAAAUAUGGAACUGAAAAGGAAGAAACCAGCAGCCAUCUUGCCUCUUCUCGAUGUCUCUUCACGCGCUUACGGUUCUCCCGAUAUGCGGACUGCUGCACUGCACUGAUGGCCUCUGUCUCUCUGUCACGCUCAGAUGUUUACAGAUCGUACUCUCACGUUUAAAAAAAAAAAAAAAAACCCUCUGGAACCAAAACAGCAGGACUGCUGGAGUCAGACCUGUGGAUGUAGACGGAGGGGACUCUCUACCUCUUCCACAGCACGGCGAUCACACGAUCAGCAUGAACGCGUUUCACCGAGCUCUCCGCCUGCCGCGGGCGUACGUUUGGUUUCAAGGUCUCCCUGAAUGUUUCGUCUGCAUGUUCGUUGGAAAGCGAGGGCAAAGCAGCGUGUGGCAAAUAUCAAACUGAACAAUAAACCUGUUUCACUUCAA